AUGGCAAGAUGGAAUGUUGGUGACUCCGUUCAAGUUCGAGUUGACAAUGACGAAUUGAUCGAGGCGUCGGUCCUAGAAGCCCGAGGAGCGGGCUGGUACUCUAUUGAACUAAAAGACAAGACGAUAAUAAAAUGUCGGGCAAGCCAAUUGGUUCCCAUUACUUCGACGGCUUUGGUUUCCACCACAGUCGAGACCUUUAGUGCAAAAAAUCGGAUGCGCCCGACAAUUGCUGUGGAAGAUGAUGGUAGCGUGAUCAAGGUGGCGCUGCCUCCUCCCACGAUACACGAUUUAGAUGCCGCGUUACUAGCAACUGACCACAGCACUGCUAAGAAUGAAGAAUUUCUAAAGCAAGUGGAACAUCAUGCGUCCUUUGAAAAGUGGGUGGCCUUUACAGAUUUGCACUGUUCGCCAGCCACAUUGGAUACCUCGUUGGAAGUCUUGGAAAAGGUUCAUUCGGUUGCCAAGGAAAAUAAUGCGGGGGUUUUGUUUCUAGGCGACUUUUGGCACCAUCGGGGAACGCUGCGGGUGGACUGUCUGAAUGCUAUUUUGAAUCAGUUUCGUUCGUGGGAGGUCCCCAUGGUGAUGAUUCCAGGCAAUCAUGACCAAGUGACAUUGGAUGGGCACAGUCAUAGUUUGAUUCCCUUUGAGAAUGCCUACCGUGUUGGGGGUGUUCCCGGUCCACUGGUAUUGUCGUAUCCCACCAAGUUUCGCGACGCCUUGUUCAUUCCGCAUAUUCGAGACAUUGCCACUAUGGAAUCGGUGCUGCAAGCACCACCAGCGCUCGAAUCGUCGGCCUUUUUCAUUCACGCGGAAGUGACAGGGGCAUUGAUGAAUGACCUGCUGAUAUCCACGGGUGGAGUGCCACCGGCAUCCUUCCCUCCCAAUAAGAAAAUAUAUUCUGGGCACUUUCACAAACCGCAUACGGUCAAGGCAUCCAAUGUGGUGAUUGAAUAUCUUGGAUCGCCAUAUGAAGUAUCAUUGGCGGAAGCGCAGCAAUCGAAAAUGUUGGCCAUAUUUGACAAGGACUGGAAUUGUGAAGAGUACCUUCCCAUUAGUAUUGGACGACGGCAUUUCAAAUUUUCUUCCUGGAAGGAUUUUCUGCGGCAUGAUUUGGCAGAAGAGGAAUCCAAGGAACGCUCGGUUGGCAAAGCUAGAUCCGGAGAUCGCAUGGUGGUUUCGGUUCCCAAGGAAAAUUCGUUGUCGGUGUCUAUCGCCACGCGUAUCAAUGAGCUACGAGAAGCGGGAGUGACAGUGGAAAUUCGAGAAACCAAGGCCAAAUCAUUGGACAAGUCGGAAUUAUCGGGUGCCAAACCCGUUGGAGAAGAAAUGACGCCAGAGUCGACGUGGAAAGCAUAUAUUGAAGGAGAGAAAGAGCGAGAUAUACUGACUGAAGCCAAAGCAGAUUCCUUAUUGAAAGAAGGAUUAAAACUCAUGGAAGAAAUUGAGACGAAUGGCGGCAAGCUUCCAGAAGAUUCCGAUGCAGUGACGGACUUGAAAUUGAAAUCGGUAUCAAUGGAAGGAUUUGGUCCAUUUCAAUCUCGCAUCACCUAUCCUUUGGACAAUCGCGGACUGGUCUUGUUGAAAGGAAGAAACUCGGACAGCGGUGCUGAUAGCAAUGGAAGCGGAAAGACAUCUUUGGCCAUGGCGGCGCUCUGGGCAUUGACGGGAUCGAUGGAUGCAAGAAGAGCAAAUGAUGGAAAGGUUACGGAUAUUAUCAAUGAUUAUUCCAAGGUCGCUCGGGUAACUCUGGAGGGAUCGAUCAACGGUUCACCGUUUUCCAUUUCUAGGAGCAAGACGCCGACAAAGGGCAAUUUAGUAUUUCUUCUCGAUGGCGACGAUCUGACGACGCAGUCAGUCAAGGAGACACAAAUGAUGAUUGAAGAGAAACUUGGAGUGGAUUCUCAGAUAUUAAGCCGGACCAUGUUUCACGGGCAGCACGCCUUGAAUGAUAUGCUCGAGUCUACAGAUGCAAAAUUCAAAGAGGAGCUGUCUUUACUGGUCCCAAUCGAGCUGUGGCAGUCGGCAGCAACAUUUGCCCGAAAGAAAGGUCGGGCCGCCAAAGGGAUGGUCGACGAGCUAAACGGAAUGCACAGAGUACGAUCGGAGGAUGUUGCCAAGAUUCUAGAUCGUCAGCACAAUGCUGAACGAGUCCUGCAAUUGAAACAAGAUGAGCUGGAGUCACUGCAAAAGGAAAGCGCCAUGAUGGAAGCAUCAGAGGACCUGGAAAAGAGUAGUGACGAAGAGCUCGCAGAAAUCGAAGAGGCAAUGCGGCUGGCUGCAGCCGAGAUCGAACUGCUAGAAAAGACAUAUGCGACCGUGACAAUGGAGAAAGAGUCGACGUUGAAACCGUUGCAAGAGAAUCUGAGCAGCUUGGAAAAGUCUUUGGACUCUUUGCGAGCCCAAUCCAUGGCGAUGGAACGGGAGACUCAUGGCGCAUCGCUGCGAUUAACGACAGCGGAAGAAGGUAUUUCCAAAUUGGAACAAAAGUGGUCCGUUGAUCUGACGGCUGGAAUUAUUCCUACCGAGUUGGAAUUGCCUCAAACUUGUCCAACCUGCUUGCAAACGAUACCAGAUGGUGCCGCCGCGGGGCAUGAUCAUGUGCAUCAGAACAUGCAGUCGGUAGUGCAAGACGAAAUUGCCACAGGUUUGCAAUCAAUCAGCAGUGCUCAAGAAUCAUUGGAACGAUUGAACCAGGAAGCAAAGGAAAAUCAUGAGAAUCGAAUGGCUUGCGAAACGGAAAUUGAAACGCUUGCAAAAGAAGUGGAAAAGGCCAAGGCCCAUUGGGACAAACAAGUGAAGCAAGCCAAUGAUGCCAUUGUCCAAAAGCGCCUUGAAUUUGCCGACCUCUCGCAACAAAUGUCUACUUUGGCCAAAGGGGCCCAAGUCAUUGCCCGUUACAAGGCCGCCCAAGCAUCCUUGGAUGCUGGUAUCGCCGCCGUCCAGUAUGCCAACGAAACUUAUUAUACCUUGACCACCCAAGUAGAGGAAGGCAACGAUUUGUUGGCAUCGUUAGAAACACAAAUGCAAAAACAAUCCAACUUGGUGGGAAUCAUGGGCGAAUUGAGCGAUCGGUUUGGCCAACGGGGUGUCCAAUCCUUUGUUUUACAAUUUAUUGUUUCUUCGUUGGAAAGCAUUGCUCAAGUCUAUCUCGACAAUUUGAGCGAUGGAUCCUUGCGAUUGGGCUUGGAAAUUGACGAGGGCGAGCGGAUUUCGAGAACGGCGCAAGUGAUUGGAUCGGACGGAGUCUUUAAAGACCGGCCCUUGUCGACAUUGUCUGGCGGUCAAUGGCGACGAUGUUCUUUGGCUCUAUCCUUUGCCUUUGCCGAGCUAUUUGCCCGCCGCGGCAAAUUGAAACCAUCUCUAUGUGUAUUGGACGAACCAUUGACACACUUGGAUCGAGUGGGACGCCAAAAGGUUGGUGAAGUGUUACGGGGAAUGCUUCGGUCAGACGAUGACGAGUUUCAAGGCUUUGGUGGCUUGGGUAUGAAUACCGUGUUGAUCAUUUUGCAAGAUUUGGCGGCAGAGGAAUUGGACGAAGCCUUUGAUCACAUUGACGAAGUCGUUCGGGACAAUGGUGAAAGCUAUUUGAAUAUUGAUGACUGA